AUCAGUACUUAAUGGCAAGCUCCAUGGAUGGGACAAUCAGGCUAUAUGAUCAACGCAUGGUCAACAAAGGGGUAGCUGUACAGACAUAUGAAGGACACGUGAAUUCUAAUUUUCGCAUCAAAUUUGGCGUCGACCCGUCGGAAAGAUUUCUUAUAUCAGGAGGAACUGAUUGCUAUACUCGAAUUUGGAGUAUCAAAUCUGGUCAACUUCUGUCUGAAAAUAAAUUCUCCAACACUGUCCCUUCAGUUGUGUGUUGGUCUGCUGUUGAAA